AUGGAAGUGGGUAUGUCACUAAAUGCGCUGGUGAGGCUGCCAUUAUCGAGUUCGUCGAGAACUCAGGAAGAUGGAUUGGUGAAGCACUCGUUUUUCUCGCCGCAGAGAUGCAGGGAGAACCGACGUAGCAGUUCUUUGUUAGUAGUUGAAGCUAAGGGGAAGAGAGGUAUGGCGAAUCGCCAGUUUCAGCAGAGACCUCCUCCGUUGCCGAAGAUUGAAGAUGAUGGGAAUCCCAAGUUCGUCAUCUUCAUCCGCAUGGCCAAUGUUUACAUUUGGUACCCGCUGAGCCUAAUAACAGGAGGCACAACAGCUAAAAUCAUGGUUGCUGCCAAGGACAACUUUCUGGGCAAGUACAUCUACAAAGACACGCUUGCUCGAAACAUCGCCGCCGUUAUCUACCGAGAUGAGAAGGAAAUACAGAAGACUGCAAUCAAGCAACAUCGUGUGUUACGAUCAGCAACCGAGUUCAGAUAUGGUUACAAACUCAUUGAGAAUGGCAACGUAAGAGCUGGUCUUGCAACGAAUGAUGUUAUUGAGCUUCCGACCCCAGACAAACUCAAAACAGUGGUCGACAAAGUGAAAGACUUCUUUGGGGACGCGAAGGAAUCAUUCGGGAAGCUUACAACGCUAAACUCGACUGAAGGCGAGGAACCGCGACCAGAAGUUACAAAAGGAGAGGAGAAAGCAAAAAUUAAAGGCUGAAAAACAUAAGAGAGAAGUCAGCGCUGAAACUUUGGACAGUUUCUGAUCAGUAGUUCAUUGCUUCCUCGAGAUUUGGGAGAGGCUUUUAAGCAGGAGAUCUAUGGUGCCAUGGUGAGGUUAUUAGAUAAAACAUCAAGUCUUGCUGCAUGAUUUUGGCUAUUGCAUGUCUACCUUAUCAACCUCUCACACAUCAAGUCUAGCCUUCUUUUACACACGUAGCAUGGAAUGGCAUUGAAGCAUUUUACUGAUCUUUCAGAAUCUCUGCAUGACCUUAGUGUUUAACAUGAUUGUCCAAUACCGAAUUCGAAGGAUUCGCAAUCGAGCAUUUACCUAGCAUAACAUGACUUAUAUUAGGUUCUCGAAGAUGACACCCUUUCGGGAUACGUGACCUAAGUAUUGCUUUUUCCCCUGAACUCGUAUCCCUCCUUGGACAUUGGCACGAGCAUGAGCUUAGUCUUCUUCCUUGUAGCAAGCCCGAAAAUCUCCCCUAGAUCCACGUCCUCUCCCCUGAGGCCAUCGGGGAGCGCCCAAUCAAAGUGGUACAGCAGCCUUGCCAGCGCAAUCUCGACGGUAGCCAGCCCGAAAUGGAACCCCGGGCACCCUCUCCUCCCUCCACCAAAUGGCAAGAACCUAAACUCCUGAUCAUGGAAAUCGAUCCCACUCUCCAAAAACCUUUCGGGGUUGAACUCGAGCGGGUCCUCCCACAGCGUCGGAUCCCUACUGAUCGCGUAGCUAUUGAUGAGAACUCGUGUCCUGGCCGGUAUCAUGUACCCAUCCAUAACACAGUCCUCCAUGGAUUCUCGAGGGACGAGAAGAGGGACGGGAGGGUGCAGUCGCAUUGCCUCUUUGAUCACGGAUUUCAUGUAGGUCAAGUGCUGCAGAUGACUCUCAUUGACUCGGCUCUGCUUUCCUACAACGCUUCUGAUCUCUCGUGUAGCUUCGGCGAGGAUCGUUGGAUGCCUUGCUAGCUCUGUCAUUGUCCAUUCUAGCGUUGUAGAGGAUGUGUCUGUUCCGGCUACAAACAUGUCCUGUCACAAUUCCCACAUAGAAUUAGCCAUUGCUGGUAUCCACUAGCAGUCAUUAUCUAAUCAAAACCUAUGUAUCAAUCAACUAAAGGACAAAAGAAAAGUAACAUGUAUUUUGCUACUUUGUUGAUGGGUAGGCUUUAGCACGUGUUGAAUCGUCAUGAAAUAUCACCGCAUUAAUUAACAACCAUCAAAAUCCUACUCAGUGGGGCAAUUUGUGCCUUGUGGAACUGUUCUUUCCAUGAAGAAAGAG